GUCUUGUUUGAGGGUGGGGGGGGGUGGUGGGUGGUAACAGACGAAUUUACGGACGUCGACGUCCAAAAUGACAGGUGGUGCCGGCGGUUCGGGGGGCACUGACUUCGUUCCUGCGAGCGAUGUGCAGAUGGACGAGUUGCGCAGGAAGUCGAGAGUGUGGCGUCAUGUGACGCAGGGUCAGAGGUUGGGAACAUGGGAGAAGAGGCAUGGGGAUUAUAAGUUGCACUGCAACUAUUGCAAGCAUGUCUUGCAAGGGAAUUUGUUCAAGGCACAGCGCCACUUCACGCAGUUGAAGAGGUGCGCGGCGGCGACGAUUGACGUCUUUGUAGACAUUUGGAACCACACGGAUUACGAGUUCGAUAAGCGACAUCACCGCAGUAUCGUGGCGUACAUGAGGGAGCACGAUAUCGCGGAUAGACGAGCUGUGGACGUCCAGCGAGGCAGUGGCAGGGGAAGGACGGGUGCGUCACAGUCGCAACCAGAGGAGCGCGAUCCUGUGGAUGAUGUACAGGAGUUCCUGGAUGAGGAGGCCAGGCGAGCAGAGGCCAGGGAGGGUGGAGGGACAGGUGCAACACCGGAUUUGGCGGGGGAGAAGGUGGUGAUGACUGCGCGAGGGAGCAGUGCCGCUGUCCAUCACAAGGGGGACGCACCGGGCGCAGUGGGGAAGAGGCCGGUGGGCAGUAGAGUUGAGGGCGUGCCACAGGUGCGCAAGAGACAGCGGCAGUCCACUCUGGAUGAGGUGUACGAUCCAGAUGGGCAGGCCGCAUUCAGGGACACGUUUUUGCAGUGGGCCUACGAUAGUGGUAUACCAUUUGCUGCUUUAAGGAGGCGGUCAUGGUAUAGGCACAAGAAGGCGUUGACCGCCAUGUCUCGCGGAGUGCGGCCUAUCCGCACCAUGCAUAUGCUUGAGCCGGCGCACGCUGCGGCGCACCUGCUCAACCCCCGCAGGCGCUCCCUCCGUUACUAUGAGUCCGCCCGCAGGACAGCUGCGGACCUCGAGGUCAUUACCGAGUGCGACUCGUUUUUCUUGGCGCAGACAGGCGGUAAUGCGGCGGGGGAUGCAUACUUGCGGGUGCGUGAGCAGAUGCGAUCCUUCCACUCCAAGGUCGGCCACACGACGGACAGGGUGACGAGGGACGCCAAGGCGGAGGCCUGUGCAGGGAUCGAGGAGACAAGCAGGUGCGCGUCAUGGUGGGUGGAGCACGGCGCAUGCUUCCCGGACUUGCAGGAGAUCGCUGGCCGUGUGAUGCACAUGUGGACGUCCGCCUCUCCUGCUGAGAGGAAUUGGGCAGAGCAUGAGCGCAUCCACACGGCCAAGCGCAACAAGCUCAAGUUCAAGAAGGUCGCGCAGUUAGUUGAGAUUGCUACCAAUCUCAAACUACUUGGAUGCAGCGACCACAGCGGGGGGUACGUUCUUCCGUGGGGCCACAUGGCGACCCUGGCUGAGGCGCGCUCUGACGAGUACAUAGACGUCCCGAUCGACGACAGGGAUGAGGAGGAGGAGCCUGAGCCAGAGGUGUGGGGAGCCCGACCUCAGUCGGCAGUGGCCGCACACGAGGUUAGUGCACAGGUCUGUCGAUUCCAGCAGCAGGGUUUUCGUCGUCCGAAGGGAGUUGGUGAGGUUUUUGGUCCCAGAGCCGAGACACUUCAUCCUUACAACUAUGUGCCCCCGCCGCCAGCAGAGCCGGCGCAGACGUUGGAGCAGGAGUCGGACUCGGAGGAUUUGCUGGCCGGUGUAGAUAAGAGUGCCGAGAGACUCUACUACACGUACGGUGCAGGACCGGACGGUUUUCAGCCACACUGCACCGUCAUUCAGGAGAGCGACGAUGGUUUCCACACAUGGCUCGCACCACUUCACUCACACCUCCUCCACCGACCGUGCCCCACAGCACUCCGACACCAGUCACAAGUAGAGCUGCCGGGAGAGGCCACGUGCCGACGUCGUCGUCACCUCGCCCCGACACACAGCAGUUAUUUCACCAUCCGUGGAGCACAAUGCGACGAGUUGACGAGAGCGUGAGGGGUGAUUUCGCGGCGCACCAGGCGUGGUUGAGGGAGGAGCACAGACCGGCACCGAGUUUGGCGACUGCUUAUCGCAUUCUCGA